ACGUCACGUUGCAAGUCGGAAGUCACAUCGGUAAAAGAGCCGAACGAAGUCAGCUGCAGCUUAUCUAUAAAGUUUACUUAAAUUCGAGCCUUCAAAAUGGCACUCAGCGAUGCAGACGUUCAGAAACAGAUCAAGCAUAUGAUGGCCUUCAUUGAACAAGAGGCUAAUGAAAAGGCAGAGGAAAUAGAUGCAAAGGCUGAGGAGGAAUUCAACAUAGAGAAGGGUCGUUUGGUCCAGCAACAGCGAGUCAAGAUCAUGGAAUACUAUGAAAAGAAGGAGAAACAGGUGGAGCUCCAGAAAAAAAUUCAGAACUCUAACCUCCUGAACCAGGCCAGGCUGAAGGUGCUAAAGAGCAGAGAGACUCACUUGAAGGCUCUGCUUCAAGAUGCCCAGGCAUUGCUGACAGAUAUCACCAAGGACCGCCCUAGGUACAAGGCGGCACUUGUAGGACUGAUCGCCCAGGGACUUUACCAGCUCUUGGAGCCCACAGUUGUCCUCCGGUGUAAACAGGAGGAUGUCGAUCUUGUACAGGAGUGUGUGCCGCUCGCUGUGCAGAUGUACACUGACGAAAUCCACAAAACUGUCAAAGUCACCAUCGACAAGGACAACUUCCUGGGAUCUGAUGUAUGUGGAGGUGUAGAGAUGGUUGCUCAUGGCAAUAAAAUCAAAGUAGAGAACAUGAUUGAGAAUCGACUGAACCUGAUAUUUGACCAGAUGGUACCCCACCUGAGGACUGUGCUAUUCGGGAGGAACCCUAACCGCAGAUUUACUGACUAAGAUUUCUGUCACUACUACAGUGAUCAUUCCACAUGUGAUAUUGUCAUACCUUAGGUUACAAACAUAGCUAUUCGGACAAACCAUUAGGACAUUUGUUGACAUUGAAUUAAGUUUUGUAUUAUUAAGUUGAAUUUUGCUUCAUUGUGUAUCAAGAUAACUUUAGCUUAUGUUGUCAUCUAGAGAACAAGGAGACAAGAAAUAUCUUGGUAUAACCAGUUUACCAUGAUAUUCCAAAGUAACACAAAUCCUGCUAAUUUGGGUGUUGUUUCUCCAAAUGAUGCAUCAAAAAAUAUCUUAUUAGACACUCUCAAUAUUCCAGAACAGUUACAUAUAUAUGUAGAAUGUAAGUAUGAAAACAUGUGGAGCAGUCCUAUACCUGGAACUAGUCACACCGUUAUAAACUAGGUGGACACAGUAUAAAUGGUAGGUCAUAGUUUAUCGUUAGAAAUCUGUUAUGUUGUAUUGUAUGUAAAGUAGGUUGUUAGCUCCACCUCCAAGUAUCUGGACAUCUUCUGAAUCAAUAAGAAAUUUUCUUGUAACAUCUAAUCCAUACUUUAUUGCACGAGUGCAGUGCUUACUUUUCCCCCCAUCAGAUGUACAUUGUAAAGGAAAA